AUGAUUCUUAUUCGUGGGAAUCGUUUUGUGAGACGUCUUUCACUUUAUCGCUGCAAGUUAUGUAUGACAGUAUACGUGGUGGUAGCAGUUUUCUUCAUCAUAGCCAGUUUGCCGAAUCUUCCGCCUCGGGUCGUUUACACUCAUCCUGAUGAACUUACUGAUAAGGAGCUCUGUAGCCAACCAGGAAGCAAAGUCUGUUGCCCGAAAAGUGAAGAGCUUGAUCUAACCCAAUAUAGCUCAGAUACUCCCACAGAUUUUCUGAACUUGUUAUAUGAAGCUCAGCAUGUUUGUGAGGGGAGUUGGAAACCGCAAUGUGUGUCUUCACAAAAAAUAGCUGUCAUUAUACCCUAUAGGGAACGAGAAAAGCACCUUAAGUUAUUAUUGCCAAGACUACAUGCUUUGUUGCUACGACAAAAUAUGCCGUAUUAUGUUUUUGUGAUUGAGCAGGCUGGAACCACUCCUUUCAAUCGUGGACUACUAUUUAAUGUUGGAGUUUUGCAUGCACUGGAUAUUGAUCCAGAUAUUAAUUGUUUUAUCUUUCAUGAUGUUGAUCUUUUACCUGAAAAAAGUGAAAAUUUUUAUAUUUGUGAUACAGAAUUAAGACAUUUAUCACCUGCUGUUGAUGACUUACGAUAUCAUCCACCAUUUGUAAACAGUGCAGGAGGUGUUGCUGCUAUGUCUAAAGAGAAUAUUUUCAAGAUCAAUGGAUUUCCAACACGUCAUUGGGGUUGGGGUAGUGAAGAUGAUGAAUUUUCAGCACGUGGUUUAAUUUAUAAUUUAAAAUUAACUAGACCACCAGAAUUUAUUGGACGUUAUAAAACACCAAGACAUAAAAAACAUUCUAUAUCUAUAAAACAUCAAAGUGAAUUUAUUAAAUUUCGUAAUUAUUUACAUGAUGGUUUAUCUAUUUUAAUACAAAAAAAUUUUUAUCAAACAUGGAAAUUAGAAUCCAUUCAUAAAAAAAUCAAUAAAAUUGUAUUCAAUCAUCAUCAUCAUAAUAAUAAUAAUAUUGAAACAUUUAAAAUUCCUUCAUUUUUUAAGGAAUGUACGCGCCAAAAUAUUUUUAAACAAUUAAAUAUUACUAAUGAUUCUUCUAUUGAAAUUAUUCAUAAUUUAAAACAAAUUUCAUUAGAUAAUAUUCAAUUAUUAAAUUAUUUUUCACGGGAUGAUUUAUUUAUACAUUUUAUAUUUGAUCCAAUAGAUUUAUAUAAACAAUAUAAAAGUUUAAUAAAACCUAAAGGUAAUCACACUGAUGAAUCUUUAUGGUGGUUUCUACAUUUCUAUGGAUGGAUAUAA